AUGAUAUCGCCCAAGCAGCUCAAAUUCCUGGUUAUUGGCGCCGGCCAGCGAGGUCACUGCUACGCCGAACCCAUCAAAGAAACCACCACGGCCAAGAUCCACGCGGUCGCAGAGCCCGUCCCAUUCCGCCGACAGGUCUUCGGAGAGACCUACAUCUGGAAUGUAAACGAAGGGCCGACAGAGGGUCAAGAAUUUUCAGAUUGGAAAGCCUGGCUGACGUGGGAAACAGACCGACGUCAUCGCCAGGCCCUGGGCGAGUCCGUACCGGAAGGAGUCGACGGUGUGUUUGUCUGUACUCUCGACGAGACCCAUGUCGAGAUCAUGCGCGCCCUUGCACCGAUGCAACUGCAUAUUAUGUGUGAAAAGCCCCUGGCGACUUCCCUCGCCGAUUGUCUUUCUAUCUAUCGUGCCUUUGCUCCUUCUGCUGCUGGACAGGAUCGCGAUCACGAUCAGACCAAGAUCUUCUCUAUUGGUCACGUCCUACGAUAUAGCCCACAUAAUUUGCUGCUGCGCAAACUCUUACUCACGGAUAGAGUGAUCGGUGAUAUCCUCUCGAUCGAACAUGUGGAACCCGUCGGCUGGGAGCAUUUCCCUCAUAGCUUUGUGCGCGGACACUGGCGACGUCAGACUCCCAACGGUGAUGGCUCGCUGUUGACGAAAUGUUCACACGACAUUGACUUUCUGCUCUGGAUGCUAUCUUCCCCUCCAUCGGAUGAUAUUUCACGGCAGAGCAGUCAUCUACCUCGAUCCGUCUCCUCAAUGGGAUCUCGGAAUCAAUUUCGCCUGUCCAGAAAGCCGCUUACAGCCGGGACCGCGACAAACUGUAUCUCCUGCCCCAUGGAGCGAAACUGUCAGUAUAGUGCCGUCCAGAUAUACGAAGACAACCGACUUGCAAAAGGCGACUACCACUGGCUAGACCAUAUCGUUUAUGACAUCGAGGACGUUAUACGAGUAUCGGGGGUAGACGCAGGUCGCAAGAAACUGCUCGAUAAACUGUCGGAAGAUUAUGACCGAUCCACCACUCCAGAUGCGAUCAUCGCGUCUCGUCCAUGGUAUGGAAGAUGUGUCUACGAAAGCGACAAUACCGUCUGCGACGAUCAGUACGUGACCAUUACCUGGGACGAAGACACCUCGUCGAAUCCGCCGCGACCGGGCAAGACGGCCGUUCUGCAUAUGAUUGCCAACACCGAGAAGGAAUGCGAACGUCGAGGGAGGGUGUACGGGAGUUGUGGCGAGUUGACGUACGAUAGCCAUAUGAUCAAGUACUUUGAUUUCCUGACGCAGACUACGUCCGUCGUGGAUGUGCCGCGACAACCGAUCGAUGAGAAACGGUCCCAUGGAGGAGGGGAUUAUGGCCUUGUGCGUGCGUUUGUUACUGCAGUGGAUGCAGUAGAAAACCAUGGCUGUCAGACUUUGGAUGCCCAACUUCGAUAUGUUGGAUGUACACUGGAAGAUAUCAUUCGAGGCCAUUUUCUGGUGUUUGCUGCGGAGGAGGCACGGCGUGAAGAGAAAGUCAUUCAGUGGCUUUCGUGGUGGGAGAAGACUUUAUCUACCUGA